GAGCUCCAUCUACACGAGUCUCUCUCUCUCUGCAGCAAAUCUCCCAGGCUCUACAGACCACCUACUAUAGCACUUGCUAAAACCUAAGUCAUCAUGUCCACCAGAGCUGUUAAUAGCACCAGCUACUCUUUGAGGUCCUCCUCUGCAGGCAUGGGGUCUCAAAACUUCAGCAGCAACUCCUUUUCCCACGGCUAUGGCGGCGGAGCCAGACAACAGAGCUACAGCGUCCGCAGCACCGGGGGUGUGGCAGCAGGUGGCUAUAGGGUAGUUGGGGGGUACGUGGCUGGAGGGACUGGGCAAAGAGGGGGCGGGAUGGAGUUUGGGUAUGCGGGCAUGGGUGUUGGCGGUGGUAUGGGAACGGGGGGUGGUAUGGGUAUGGGUGGUGGUAUGGGGAUGGGGGGUGGGAAGAUGACAUGUAUGGGACCCCCUCAGAUCACCGCUAUUCAGGUGAACAAGAGCCUGCUGGCCCCCCUGAACCUGGAGAUCGACCCCAACAUCCAGGUGGUCCGCACCCACGAGAAGGAGCAGAUCAAGACCCUCAACAACCGCUUCGUGUCCUUCAUCGAUAAGGUGCGUUUCCUGGAGCAGCAGAACAAGAUGCUGGAGACCAAGUGGAGCCUCCUGCAGGACCAGACCACCACCCGCUCCAACAUCGACGCCAUGUUUGAGGCCUACAUCUCCAACCUGCGCAGACAGCUCGACGGUCUGGGAAACGAGAAGAUGAAGCUGGAGGGGGAGCUGAAGAACAUGCAGGGCCUGGUUGAGGACUUCAAGAACAAGUAUGAGGAUGAGAUCAACAAGCGUACCGAGUCUGAAAACAACUUUGUUCUCCUCAAGAAGGAUGCAGAUGCUGCCUACAUUGUCAAGACGGAGCUGGAGGCCAAGCUGGACUGUCUUACUGAUGAGAUUGAAUUCCUCAGGACUAUCUAUGACGCGGAGCUGUGUGAGCUGCAGGGCCAGAUCAAGGACACCUCUGUUGUGGUGGAGAUGGACAACAGCCGUAACCUGGACAUGGAUUCCAUCGUGGCUGAAGUGCGCGCUCAGUACGAGGACAUCGCCAACCGCAGCAGAGCUGAGGCCGAGACCUGGUACACGCAGAAAUAUGAACAGAUGCAGGUGUCAGCCACCAACUAUGAGGACAACCUGAAAAACACCAAGGCAGAGAUCGCAGAUAUCAACCGCAAAAUCAUGAGAUAUCAGUCUGAAAUUGACAUGAUGAAGGGUCAGCGCGGCCACCUGGAGAACCAGAUCGCUGAGGCGGAGGAGCGUGGUGAGCUGGCGGUGAAGGACGCCAGGCUUCGCAUUAACGACCUCGAGGUGGCCCUGCAGAGAACCAAGCAGGAUAUGACCAUGCAAGUACGCCAGUACCAGGAGCUGUUGAACGUCAAACUGGCCCUGGAUAUUGAGAURGCCACCUACAGGAAGCUGCUGGAAGGAGAGGAGAGCAGGCUGGUGAAUGGAAUCAAAUCGGUCAACAUCUCCAAACAGUCUUCUUCAACGAACUACAACUCUUACCCCCUGGAAAGCAGUCGCACCACCAGCUAUGUCAGCGGCUCAACGGGGGGAUACAAGGCCAGCAGCACCAGCUACGGCAGCAGCACUUACGUCAGUGGCCAUGAGAGCCGCCAAAUAGGCAGCAGCUUCGACCUGCCUGGCAGCAUCACCCUGGUAGGCACCAACGGUAUCCAGGUCUCUACCAGCAGAGAGGUGGAUGCCAGCAUCAGCCUGGGAGGCAGCAACAGCCUGGCUACUAGCAGAGACAUGGAUGCCAGCGUCAGUGUCAAUAGCAGUUCCACUGUCACCAACAACAAAUCCCAGACCACCUUAGUCAAGACCGUUGAUGCCGAGGUGACCUCGAAUGUGGCUUCUGAUGCGGCGUCCAACCAUGCCGAGGAACAGGCGGCUGAGAGCGACAAAUGAGGAGAUUUCGUCUUCACGGGCGACCGUGCAAUUAGCUUACAGUGGAUCUAUCUGUCGCAGAUAUAUGCUUCUCCAACCUACCCUUCACCCUUCCACUAGUUUCACUUUUCUAGCCAGGUUAUGACUGUAUUUACCUGCUGAACAGAACAGUGACAUAUCAAACAGGCUACAUAUAUCCACCUGGAAUCACAGGCAGUCUAACUGUAUCCUCAGUCUAACUGUAACUUUUCCUACCCACAAAGGGUUUGUUUUAAAUUGGUAAAUAGGUCAAUGUGAAAGGUUGGGGGUAAGAUUUCCCUAAAAGGCCCCUGAAAGUCGACCCCUAGUGUCCAUUCGAGUCACCAGCAGGUGUCAUUGUGGCACGUGUUUUUCUCUCUGCUUGCUCUGAGACCCAUUAAAGUACUUGGAGAAAAAACGA